GAGUCGCAGGAAACCCGAGCUGCGAUAUUUCUGAUCUUACGCGGUCACGCGCACGAAUCCACAGUUUCUGGACUCCCUCAGGGCUUGGCCGGUGUACCGGACAUCGCGCGAGCCGCUCGCUGAUCACACUGUCAAAAUAAAAACCUCUGCUAUGAGCGAAAUAGGUUCGAUGUGACAUACACUCUGGUAUUCAUUUUCGCUCUGUCUUCGGUCACGUUCGCCCAGUAUGGCGAUCACCGUGCACCGCACCCCUUUUCGGGUCGAUCCAACCGCUAUCUAGCGACUACAACGGCAACUACAUUCUCAAGAUCGUCAAAGCCCGUGUUCUGCAGCACCAAUCGCUUAACCCUUCUGCCGUUGCGUGCAACAACCUAUAGCGGCAACGUAGUUCGUGACUAAUCACAAUUAUUAAACAUAAGUUGGGCAAUACUUAGACGAUCAGCGAGUCACUUACAAAUCACUGAUUUGAAAUCAGUACUGAUUUGAAAUCAGUGAUGCACCGUACAAGAUUUUAUACCACGAGAUGAAUUUAUUGGAAUGUGCCACAAUUUAUAGCGAUCGUCAACCACUCGUAAUUUUAUAACUUUCAACAAUCGUGUGAUUAUUGUUGACUUUACUUGUGACGAAUUGCAAUUUAUUGCGAUGACGUGCGUCAACACGCUGCCUCUACUAGAAGGCGCGAAAUUAACAAUUCUUGAUGAAGGUGCGAAAAAGGGUGGAUGCAAUGUAUGCAAGAAAGUUAAUCGCAGGAUGGAUACAGAUGUGGAAAGAUCUAGAUCCUAGUAAGACAUUUGACUUAUUGUUGUUCUCUGAUCCGAAGUCUACAUAUAGACACGAACCAGAACCUUUUAGGUCGAGCAAUGUACAUAUUCAUGAUUAUUACACAGUCGACGUAAAUCAACUUGAUGCCAAUACCAUUAAUGAUAAGGACUUUGAUACUCUCGAACAUAUUUUAAAAGCCAUGGAGACGAAAUCCACCGUGAUCAUAGAUUGCCUGACAUCUCUGAUAUUGUUCGUCGGUUUGUCCAAAGCAUUGUGGUUCUUAGAAAAAUUAAAUAAGGAAGUAGAUCUGCAAUUAAUCUGCAUCUAUAGACGAGACUUUGUGCAGUGUCAGAUUCCUUGCAUCGAGGCACUAGGUACCAAAUACAUGAAAAUAGAAAGGUUUCAUGGUAUACACACAAAUGAUAAUAUUAACUAUACGGUGGAGAUUACGCACCGUAAACCAGGCGGUAAGAUUUUAAGACAACAGAAAUUAGUAACUCAAGAUAGUACUACUUAUGAAAUUCAAUCAGAGAAAGUUGAAACAAACAAAAGAUUGGAUGCGAUAUAUAAAAAUGAGAAACAGAAAGUUGAAUCUUCAUUUAGGAUAGAAAUAAGUGAACAUGAAAUGAAACAGAGAGAAGAAACGGUGCUACCGUAUAUGAUCAAUUCGAAUCCGACAAACACAUCAAAAAUUCAUUAUCAACCAGAGGACAUCGAUGACAUUGAUGAAGAAGAUCCGGAUGAUGAUUUGUGUAUCUAAUUCGUGCAUGAAAUGCAUUGAUAAUUCAUCAUGGGACAUUAAUAUACAGUCGUCGGAUGUAUUUAUAUUUAUGCCAUUGAUAUUUUAAGCAGUUAUUUAUUUUAUACUUGUUUUGCAUUUUAUACAAUUUUGUUCAAAGCCACAUAGAUGUAUAAUAUUUUGUUACUGUAACAACAGCCUCCUAAUGAAAAAAUCACUUAAAGGAUACUUGAAAAGUACAAGUUUUAUUAAUGCACUGUUCUUUAAAAUAUAUAUACUAGUUAGAAAUUAUCUUCGACGAUAGUUCAUCUAAAACAGUUUUGUAAAAAAAUACAAGUGCUUCAAAGACCUAGUCCCAAAAAGGAGGCUCGAAUAUCGUGUAAAUUCUUAACAUUUAAAAAUAGAAUGUUAAAUAGUAAUGUCCAUCUUUGGCAUUUGUUGUAAUAUAGAUAUAUCACUUUCAUCUGCAAGGUCUGAUUUUAUAAUAAAAUAUAUAUGACAGA